AUGAUAGCGACUAACGCCCACAGCCUCGCACCGGCAUUUGCAGCAGCUGCGACAUCGACUUCUGCUUCCAUGGUGUCGCCCGUCCAGGAUCGUCAUCGGAGACUCUCGGACGAAGAAUGGCAGCGCUACCAGCACGAAACAAGCAUGCCAAGGAUUGCUCCUACCUCUGUAGCGCCUCCUGGUUAUCACGAACAAAUCGGCGCUGCCGUAGCCGGGGCAAAACCCUCGCCCUCCGCCGCACCUGAUGGCGACGCAGAGCCUCCGCGCGCCCGUGUGGCUUGCACCUUCUGCCGAGUCCGGAAGUUGCGCUGCGAUGGGGUGACACCUUGUCGACACUGCGAGCGCCGCAACAUGGAUUGCGUCUACGCCCCUACCAAGACCAAGGGCAAGGCCACCGGACGGCCGACACCGAGUGAGCAGAAAGGCGCCACAAGACUCGAUCCAGAGACGAGCAAGCUUCCGCAUCCGGCUGGGUCGAACAAUUCAGGCCGCGAUAGAGGCAAAAAGCGUCCAGACAUGUCAAAUCCAAUGGAUGGCAAUAGUGUUGCGUUGAGCACGUCUCGAGAGGCCGCGAAAGAACCCUCGAAGCGAAUCAGAUUGGAUCGCGAAUCUUCACAUCGAUCGACCUCAAGUCAGUCGGCGAAACAUAGCGAUGAGGGCUCGCCACUGCGGUCAACGCCAAGCAGCAGCAUGCCCGGCUCUGAUCUCGCCAUGAUUCAGAACAAUGACGCGCCAAUCCCGAAGGAACCAACCAUCGAAGAUCAGGAUGAGUGGUGGAAUCAACUGCUUGGCACGUUCGGAAGGUCGCGAUCCACAUCUGUACGUAUUGUGCAGCACCUGCUCGCUCGUUUCGUUCAGUCCAACGCCGUUUUCUUCGGCUUGCUUCAUGCGCCGACGCUUUUCGAAAUCGUGACGGGCAACCGAGGUCACACGCGUGCCGAUCCAGCCCUCUAUCUUGCCGUGCUAGCCGUCUCUGCCUGCGAUAUGCAUCAAACCCGCAUCGCCGAUGAGCGCACCUCGAACAUGCGAGCAGCCAACGAAGCUUCGCGGCGCCUCGCCACACAGCUCUCGGAGAUGGCUGCCAGCUACCUGCAGACUUCGACAGCUCACGGUUCUGCUCUCACGCCGUCCAUGGGUCAGGCAGCUAGCAUUCUCGCACUGACCCAACCGGAUGGCAGCUCACAGCAGAAUGACCUGAUCCGGCUCGCCGAGAAUGUGGUCCGAACGCUCAAGUUGCACGAGACCGUCUCGUCGCGCGAACCGUUGCUGCGGGACAGCGAGCCCGAUUCGCCCUUGUACUGGUCCCGCCCGCUCACGUCCGACUCGCCCGAGUCCGAGGUCAAGUACGAGUCCAUCGUUCGGCUUUGCUGGACAGGCAUCAGCCACCGCUUCCGCAAGUAUAUUGCCGAGCCUGACGAAGGAUUCGGAGACGUCGACUUGCCGGAGUUCAUCCAGGAGCUGCGACCGAUGGCCUUUUGGCAGCCGAGUCUUCUGCCAGAGGAGCUGCCGCCGCCGUUCUUCCACUCGCAGGAUCUGAUGCGCAGAUCCGCUCACCUGUCUCGAUUGACAGUAUCGCUAGCGCAGCUGGAAAAGAUCAGGGAAGAGGAUGCACUGGAGACACCAUCGCAAGAAACACUAGACGAGGUACGAGGUCAUCUGCAAUCGCUCGACGAUCUGGAAAAGUCUUUUGUGCGGCAUCGUCCCCGAUCCGACGCAGAACGGCACAAUGUGCUGGGCAGGACACUCCAGAUGUUCUGCAGGAUGCAUGUAUGGGUGCGUCUGACCAUCUGGCGCAAGUACAAGCUCUGGAACCAUCCCGCUGAAGCGUCGUCAAACGACACCACGGAGAGCAGCACGCUUUUCCAGCAGCAACAUCAUCCGACGGUGGAGUUCUGGAUCACCAUUGUGCAGGAGAUGGUUGGACAGAUGCAGCAAGAUCUGGAUGCGCAUGUGGUCGACGGCACGAAGCUGAGUACAACCGGAUCGGAGGUGGAUGCAUUGGCAAGACAUCUGAACUGCGCAUGCGAUCUGGCGGAAGCCUCUAAUCGGGAUCCACCUAUGUUGGGGCUGGUGGACAGCGGGUUGAAUGUGCUGAAGAGGAUCAUGGCGAAUGUCAAGAUCAACGAGCCGUUCGGGGACGCAAUGAAGGUCCCGGAGGAGGCUGUCGAGAGGAUGGGGGUGGUGGAGGCUCGGCGAACGAGGUUUCGAGGAGCGGUGGAUGGGGGGGAUGCUGCGGUGGACGGGCCCGGAAAGCGGUUCGUUGAUGCGAAGACUGGGGUGCCGAGCGUGUCGAUCGCCGACGAGUCGAGGCAGCAGACUUUGGGGAAGACGAAGCCGGUGGGCGAUGUGCUUACCAGCGAGGUGUAG